CAAUAAAUGUGAACAAAACCAUUCGAAAGUAUAAAACCAUAAAACCCUGACUGAUUGUUUCAUUGUUUCAUUUUUCACAAAUGAACGAAUUCGUAUAUAGGAAAACGUAGACCAGUAGUUGAAACACAUUUAAAAAUAUGAAGCUUUGAGCGUUAUCAGCGGACCAAUCGGAAAAACGCCAAGAUGUCUGCGUUGAAUAUCAUCGCACAAGACUAAAAUAGAAAAAAAUGACGGACAACUCUAUUCGGUCGCUAUCUGCUCGAAGUAGCUUAGCCACGCUAGAGGCAGAUUCCCGUAUCGCGGAGAUCGAAGAGAAGAGCGGCGAGAGGAGAGCGGCAGCGCGGUGAUAAGGUGUACGGUCAGUAGGAUAGCGCGCGUAUACGCACGUGGAGGGAUGUACAUAAGUGUAUAGGUGAUUACGCGCGACUCGUUAUUCGGCGCCCGAUCAAGCGCUCGGCACACACAGAUCGAUCGUCCAGGUUAUAGUGUCUCGCCGAAGGAGUGCGCUCUUCCGGUCGCGGUGCUUCUUCAUUUGCUACCGAGUGGGUUGCGUGUACCUCUGCUUGCAGCAGGUAUCUGCUCAAGAGAUAGAUGCUGGUAGCAGAGCGGUGAUAGGCCGAAAGAACGGUAAACUCCGCGCGUGUGUGCGCGCGCGCGCGCGCGCGUGUGUGUGCAUAAGCAGAGGCGCAGCUGAAAGAAAGAGGCGGGCGAGAUGGCCGUGAAAGAGUGGUUUAGGAGGCUGCAACCGGUCCAGCUGUACAUCGUGCUCUUCUUCACCAUCGCAUUUUUCGCCGUGGAGCUGAUCGCCAGUUAUGUCACCCACGCGCUCACCCUACUCAUGAACGCUUAUCACAUGCUCUGCAACAUCGUCGCCCUCGUUGGCUGCAUUGCCACGAUUAAGUACGAGAGACAGCAAGCUCAAAGCCGCGAGAGCUCGUCGAACUCGCUGAAAGCAUCGUCCAACGCUCCGGAGGAAAGCGCUGUCAUCCAGCAGACCGCGAAAAAGUCAAAGCAAACGAGCUCGGAGAAGCGCAUGAAAAACACGUUCGGCUGGGCGCGAAUCGACAUCGUUACGAUGCUGAUAUGCUGCGUGCUUCUCGCCUCGUUCUGCUUCUCACUGAUGGUCGAGGCGCUUCAAACUUUGGUGCACAUCGAUCACCUGGACGAAAUGCACCACCCGCUGCCGAUCAUGACGAUCGGCGCUUCUGGCAUAUUGCUCAAUGCCUUUUGUUACUUCCUCAUCGGCGGUUAUACCUUUAACCAAGGAGUCUUUCUGCACUUCACGAAGAACGGCGAGAUCGUUCUCAAAAGAACACUCAGCUUACAGACGUCGAAAGAGGGUAACAAUAGCGAUCAAACACGACGAAGCCCCAUCACAUUGCCAAGGAGUCAAGGAGUGCGCGAGAUGUGCCGUGACGUUCUCGGUUGUUUUCUGGUGAUGAUCGCGUCUUGCGUCGUCUAUUUCACAGACAGGCAGAUAGCCAAGUACGUCGAUCCCAUAUUCGCCAUGAUCUCGGCUAUUUCGCUAUUUGUUCUCAGUUACCCGUACAUGAAGGAAUCAGGCAUGAUACUUCUGCAGACCAUACCUAAUCACAUAAACAUCGACUCCCUGCAAAAAGAGCUCCUCGCGGCUUUUCCCGAUAUCAUGAAUGUGCAUGACUUGCACGUAUGGCAGCUCAAUGGGGAGAAAGUCGUAUCGACUGUCCAUAUCAUUUACGCCGAUGCUACGGUAUGCGCGAGAAUUACUGACGAAAUAACUGCCUUUUUCAUCGAAAUGGGUAUAACGCACGUGACCAUUCAGCCAGAAUUCUGCACGAUUGCACCGCACGUGGGUCCAAACACAAACUGCUUGAUCCGAUGCCAAAGCAAACACUGUAGCGCCUCAACCUGUUGCUCUCGAGACGAGCUUGACGAUCACCAUCACCAUCAUCACCACCGACCAAUAGUCAGUAAAAAGUUCGGUUCUAAGGAGGUUUUACCGACAGCCUCAAGUGUGAAUUUGAAGAGAUUCAGUCUUAAUAUCACCGAAGUCAACGAGACGUCGAUUUGCCGAGCUCAAUCGGUGACGAACCUCAAGCAACUCAGUACAAGUGACUUGACGGUCGAAGUGACGAGUAAGGCUCUGCGACAGAUCGAUGAUAUUGUGAUAAGCGCAAAGUCCAACGAGGAGCUGACAAUAACGGAAUGCCAGAAGAAAGGAAGCCAUGAACGAUCAUGAGUGCGAAUUGUAAAUAUAGGUUAUCUUUUUUUAUACAUACCAAGAAGACUGGAUGCUAGUAUUAGUUCAUAAGUAGCAGUCGAGAGUGUUUUUUUUUCUUUUGUACAAAAUGCCGCGCACGGUCGUUGGUUAUAUUAUUGUAUUCGAGACAACGUUUAGUGUCAAUGAUAGUCGAAUUUUUAAAAGUAAAACUGAGAUUGAAAUGUUCAAUGCAGUAAUUUUUAAUAUAAUACAAUAUCUAUUUGUACAAGACAAUGUCUUUGCACGAUCGACUAUCUAACUUUUUGUAAGACAAUACUACAAUUUGUUCAUAUUUACAAAUGGAAACUUGUUACAACUGUCGCUUCAGAGCAUUCUGAUUUUAACAAUCUUAUUUGAAACCCAAAAAUUCAGAUUGAAUAUUUUUUAUAAAUAAAAAUAAAAAUGUUUUGCGCUAUGCCAAUUUCUGAGAAUCUUGCAAUUAAUUUGUCGAAGACAAUAAAAUAAUGAUGUUUCACACUUGUAAAAUAAUUGAUUACGCUCGCUUUAGUGUCUUCGUGGAAUACUCUGAAAUGCGUAAGACACUUGAAAAUUAGGACAUUGCAAAAAGAAACAAAUAGAUGGAUUAAAUUGCUAUAAUCUUAUCUUUUGGACAUGUAUAUCGAUUGCAACCAUCGAAAUAAGAUAAAAUUUUUCGUGCUUUGAAAGUUUACCUUGAAUUUUUUACACUCAUUUUAUAUACCUAUGGAUUCUACAUUGAAUUGGAAUAUCUCCAAUAAAAAUGUUUUUAUUACAACUUAUACUUUUUAAUUCUAAAUUGAUUAAUAUUUUCUUAAUUUAAUUGAAAUUUCAAGAAUUUGUAUUUACAAUAAAUUUAGUUUAGAUUAUCUACUAGGAAA